AUGUUCUUGGGAUUUAGCUCCUUCAGUGAGGCUGGUGUGUACUUUACAUGCAUUCUUCUCGGUAUUGCGAUGCUUAUGCCGAUGAACGCCGUUACUUCAGCCCCGCGGUUUAUGGUGGAUUACUACAAGUAUGUCUCACGGGAUGAGUUUGCCGUUCCUGAAAAACCCGUAUUCUGGGCGAACAUCCUUACUUUCUAUAAUAUCAUGUCUGUCACCUUUCAGGUGCUUGCUGGACCAUUUGUGUUGACGCCUUGGAUGCGGCGUCUCUCACUGACCACACGGUUUGUGAUUGCCGUUAUUCCAAUGAUGGUGGAACUCAUCGUUGUGGUGACACUUCCCGUGCGGGGAACUUCACAAACGGCGGCGAUGGUGGCAUUUCUUAUCGUGGCGGCCGGUGCGGGUGCGGGUAAGGCCACCUUUGAGGUGACCUGCUAUGCCUUGGUGAGUUCUAUGCCGCCCAAGUUCAUGUCUGCCGUGAUGUUUGGCUGCGCCUUUUCGGGUGUCACGGCAUCUACACUUCAGUGCAUUAUUAAAGCAUCUAUGCCGGACACAUAUGAGUCCGCACUCCAACAGUCGCACAUUUAUUUUUCACUUGCACUUGUCAUUAUGGCGUUGUCGAUUUUGUUAAGUGUAUUACUUCGAUACAACUCGUUUGCACAGGAUCAUGUGGGUGAAUACCGUAUGCUGCGCCGCAAGCGGAACGCUCCUGCGGAGGCGGAUGAUAACGGCCCUACCGCUCCAGAUAAUAAUGCGUUAACAAUGGUAGUUGCUCCCGAUGAAGAAGGAAACACGACACCCGAUAAGGACCUUCAACAGAAGAGUGAUGAGGAAGAUAAUAAGGAUAAGUUAACAAAUUCUGAUGAAGAGUGUCGUGUACAUGCAACUGAAAUGACAACAUCUGAACAACUUCGGUCCACUACUAUUAAACCUAUUCUACGUCUUAUUUAUCCUAUGCAAGUGGCCUGCUUCUGCAUCUUUUUUCUUUCACUGUUCAUCUUUCCCAGCCUUGUGAUUCCCAUUGAUCGUACGGAUAACUGGUUCGCUACCAUCGCCAUUUUACUAUACAACUGCGGUGAUGCCACGGGUCGUUUUUCCACUUCAUUCCGACGGUUCUGGCCUGCGCGGUUUGUUGUGGUGAUUGUAUCAUUCGUCCGUUUUCUCUUCCUGCCAUUGAUCUUCUUGUGUAUCUACAAAUAUAUUCCUGGACACGCUGCCCCGUAUGUCUUUAUGUUUUUCAUUGGCCUAACGAAGGGAUACUUUGGUGCUCUCUCCAUGGUCCUUGGCCCCAUCACACCCGGUUUGGUGACAGAUGGACAGAAGGUGAUGGCUGGGCAGUUGAUGGGCGUUUCUCUUCUCGCCGGCGCAUCCGCUGCGUCUAUGCUUGCCCUUCUCGUGGUUAUGUUCCUUCCGUAG